AUGUCUCUACCAGAUUACGAGCCAUCAAGCUGGACCACGUCCUCAAACGAGGCCCUCCACGUGUCGCUGGCAGAGCCAGAGGGCGCGUUUACUUUCAACCCCACAUUCACGUACCCGAUCUUUGGAGACUCCGAACAGAUCUUCGGGUACAAGGGCCUCCGAAUCGACCUUGCUUUUGACUGCCGGUCCAUGUACCCAUUUCUCGGCAUCAAAUUCGAAAAGAAGCUAUCUGAUGAUGUGAAGGAUGUUGAGAAGACGAUAUUGGAGUUUCUUCCCAAGGAAACAGUUGUCAAGGACGAGGCAUUGUGGCUAAACAAAAUUGAAGAGGAAAACUUCGAAAUCCCGGGCAAGCCAGUAUAUACAUACCAGGUCGAUGGCGAAACGUACAAGAUCUUUAAGUUCAAGCUCAACGAUGCAAAUGGGCUCAAAUUGCACUUGCGAAUCCAGAUCUUCGUCCUGUUGUUCAUCGAGGCCGGCUCCUACAUCGACAGCACCGACGAUGUGUGGGAGAUCUACGCGAUCUAUAAGUGUCCCGAGGGGAAGAAAGAGUCAUUUGUCGGAUUCAGCACGGCCUAUUCCCACUGGAAACACCCAGGAACGGCUGUUCACGACGCUUCAGAGACUCUGGAGUUACAAUUCCGCAAGAAAAUCAGCCAGUUUAUUGUGCUUCCUCCAUACCAAUUAAAGGGCCACGGGAAAAACCUAUACAAUUGCAUGGUGGACGAAUGGCUUGCAGACGACAAAGUCAAGGAAAUCACCGUGGAAGAUCCAAGCGAGGCGUUUGAUGACCUGCGCGACCGCUGCGAUCUAGAGCGACUCAACAGGGCAGACUUUCUUAACGGCGUCAAGCUGCCGAUUGACAAGGCGUGGAUCGAAAAACAGGUUGCAGUGCACAAAAUGGACCGCAGGCAAUUUGAGAGAUGCGUGGAGAUGACGCUAUUGUGGAUGUUGCAGAACAAGAAAGGUGGUGUCGAGAACCUGAGCGAAAAGAAUGUGCGUUUACAGAUCAAAAAGAGGCUGUACCUGAAGAACAGAGACGCGUUGGGCGAACUGGAAAAGGCGGACAAGAUGGACAAGCUACAGACGGCGUACGAGCGACUACGCGAGGACUACGAGCGGAUUUUAGAGAAGGCCAGUCUUGCGACAGGCGUUAAAAGAGAGCAGUUGCACGAGUUGCCCGGUGCAAAGCGUGCAAGGGUGUGA